CGGGCCGCGCAGCGAUGGCUUCAUGGUGGGAGUUGAGGUUCUGGGAAGCUGCAGAGGCCUGAAAAGAGGUUACAACAGUGACUAAAUGUCUAUAUCUCAGCACAGGAAACAUCUGCUUAGUGAGUGAUUUACCCAUUUAGGACCUGGCUAGAUCCUGUGGAUAAUCCUGUGAAUUGCAGCCCAUAGCUCCCUGGCUCUGACUCCUAUUGCUGCUUUCAAUAUGCUGCGACGAAAACCAACACGUCUAGAGCUCAAGCUUGAUGACAUUGAAGAGUUUGAGAGCAUUCGGAAGGACCUGGAGACCCGUAAGAAACAGAAGGAAGAUGUAGAAGGUGUAGGGACCAGUGAUGGAGAAGGAGGGGGGGCUGCUGGGCUCAGCAGUGACCCCAAGAGCCGGGAACAAAUGAUAAAUGAUCGAAUUGGUUAUAAACCCCAACCGAAGCCCAACAACCGCACAUCUCAGUUUGGAAACUUUGAGUUUUAGAGAUGGAUUCUCUUGCAUACCAGACCCCUGGAAUGGAAUAAAAUGAUGGCGAAAAUAUAGAACAGAUUUAGAGAAUUAAGUGUGUAAAACCAAGCAGAAUGUUUUCUGUCUCCUGCAGGGAGAAAUAAUGUCUGUGUGAAAUUACUGCUGUUCAACUUUUUUGAUAAGCUAGAAGCCAAAUUCUGGCUGUUUCUGGAAAAUUGGACUGUGGAAAGCUUACCUGAUUUUUGUUUUUAAAAUUAAAUAUAUUUUUGGAAAAAACGUGAGACAUCCUUAAAAGUAGUAGCAAUGAAGUCCCCCGCUCUGAGAGGUAAUCGCCAUCAGAGGUGAUGUCCUUGUCUUUACAAAAGGACCCCAAACCCGGACACUUGGAGUUGAUGCCCUGGACUUUCACUUCACUUGUUUAUUCAGUAUUUGGUGACUGCCAACCGUCCUGCAAGCAACAGAGAUCCCAGCUGAGUGUGCUCAUGGCUGUAACCCGCACUUGGAGGCCGAGGUAGUCUCAUGAGUUGGAGGCUAGUCUGGGCUACAGAAUAAAGUCUUGUCUCAAAAUGUAAAAAAACAAAAACAAAAACAAAACAAAAACCAAACCAAACCAAGACAAAGACCCCUACCCUCAUGGAGAUUGGAUUCUAAUGAACAAAUUGUCCGAGUCAAAUCCACUUACAAAGGCUUUAUACAGUGAGGGAAACACGAGCAUUCCUAACAGUACGAGAGGUACUGUAAUCCUUCUCCCUGGGACUCGUCUAAGAAUUCUUGCAUCAGGAACCCAUCUGAAUUCUGGAUAUUUUUGCACCAUGCCCCAUUUUACUAUAAAAUUCAGGGGCAGAACCACCAGCUGUGGAAGCCAGAACACCUGGAAUCAAGUUCAAAGAGACUCCUUAGCUGGGAUUUACCCAGGCUUCUGGAUAGUUCGUGAGUGAUGUAUACGGGAAGGUAGAGAUAAAGGGGAAUGUGUAGUUUC